CUGUCAGCUGCACCGUGCCGUGCACUGCCUGCACUCGAAACGAGACGCAUAUCCGACACGCGGCGAAAGAGAGACGAGAGAAGAGCCAGGCCUCCCAGAUGACACACGGACUCUAGGCUCUCCCGUGGCGAAAUGCGCUGUUUCUUAUCUUUCUUUCUCUCUCUUUCUCUCUCUCUCUCUCUUUUCACCUUUCUCUUUCUCUCUCGUCCUAGAAAGCCUUUCGUGCAGUUUUUGCCAACGGCCGAAACCUUAUACCUUACUCCAAGCCAUAGUAGCGAAUUGUCACGGCAGGAAAAACUCGAACAAUUCGAUCGAGUUUUUGGUAUUGGUAUCGCGAAUAUUUUCGAUUGCCAGACUUUCGAAUACUUUCGAUAGCUAGGCAGAAUGGCUCGUGGACAGCAGAAAAUACAAUCUCAAGCCAAAGCGGCAGAAAAAAGUGCAAAACUGAAGAAACAACAAGGACAUAGUGCCAAUGAACAAAAAAAGGCAGCACAGAAAGCACUCGUGCAUGUAUGUUCUGUAUGCAAGGCACAAAUGCCAGAUCCUAAGACUUACAAGCAACACUUUGAAAAUAAACAUCCCAAAAAUCAGUUGCCAGAUGAUUUAAAAAAUAUAUGAGGGUACGAACUGUUGUAAAAAGUGGAGAUUGUGAGAGCAUGGAAGAAACUUGCUGCAAUUGACAAAGUGAUAUAGUUCAACAUUCAUCUGAUCAUUACAUAGUUUGAGAAAAUGAAUUAAAUCUUGUUAGCAUUUUAAUCUAAUCUAUUGCACUCACCAGAUUGUUGUGCACAAUUCAAGACGUUAAGCUUAAUCAAUGAUUUAUUCAUGAAGAAUCUUGAUUUGUAAAAUUUAACAUUUUUCACAUAUGCCAUAUGAUCUAUACUUUUCACAUAAGCAUCUACAUCUGGAGAGAUUUUGUGUAUAUUUCUAAAUAAAGUUCAUAAAUUUUAUGGCAAAAUUUUGAAAUAUAUUUAUGAAAUAUAUUCUGAAAAUAUAUUUCAAUAUAAGAACAAAUGCAUUUGCAAAAUGCGUUUGUCGAUUUUCUAUUUCUGUUACAAAGAAAGAUGUUAUAUAAGAUAAUAUAAAUGACAAAAUUUUAAAUUAUUACAUAUAUUAUCCAUUAAAAGAGACAAUUUUAUUGAAAUUCUGUAUAACUUGUUAUUACUUCAAAGUAUUACAAAAAAUGUUUCUGCAUUCUAAAUUUAGUUUCAUAAACUAUAAACUUUAUGAGAAGAAAAUUGUCUUUUAUAAUUGAUUUUGCUGCAUUUGAUUAAUAUUUAUAUAUUUAAAUAAUUUUAUAAAAUCAGUUUUUUAAAUUGCAUAAGAUUAAACAAUAUAUAAAAGGUCUUUGACAACAUGACUGCCAAUUUAUAGUUGUAUGCUCUUUAAAAUAAGACCAAUCUAUAAUCAAAAUGGAGAUGUCACAUAAACUUCCCCUUUACAUUUAUAGAGAUAAAUAUUUUUUUGUUUAUUUGUGACCUUAUCAUUUGCAUUCUAUUGACCCAUUCGCAAACAUACACAUGACUUCUGUUAAAAUUAAUGAUGAAAAUUAAUAAUGCGUUUUUUUAUGCCCGUAAAAUAUGUAGUACUUAAAGUACCGUUAAUAAACUAAGAAUAAUUGAUUCGUACUACAUUGUUAUAUAUUUAUGUAAUUGUAAAAAGUGUAAGAGUGUUCUGUUGGUUGUAAUAAAGAAUCCAUUAUUCUUGGAAUGUAAUAUUAUUAAC